AAAAUUUGUAAUCGGCCCGGUUUACAUUGCUCUUAUAACGAAAGUAUGAGAGAGACAGCCAUUUUCCUGUCUUCUUUGUUCCUAAGGGAAAUAUUCCUCCUUGAUUAUUGUAAACCUGAUCUCAGAAAUAGAGAAGUAGCGCGAAUGUAUUCUGAUUUGAAAACACGGUUUUUAACCUUCCACGCUUUGAGUACCGGUAUGAAACGGAUGCAGAAGAUAGCAAUAAUUGUAAAACCUUAAUGAGCCAGUUUAUCACGAUUCAAGUCGGACAAUGUGGAAAUCAAAUCGGUUCGGCAUUUUGGCCCCUAGCAUUGCACGAGUAUGGUAUAGAAACUGCAAAUACUGGCGUGAACUUACUUAAAAUACAGCGAAACUACGUUAAAAAUAUAGAUGAUCUGUCAGAUGCGUUUCAUAGCUUCUUUGUUAUACCAGAUAAUUCUCAUGAUUUUUGUUUCAAAACUGUGAAUGAUCUGAGGAGAGCUAAAGUCAAAGCUAGGGCAAUAAUGAUAGAUAUGGAAGAUAGUGUAAUAGGAUCACAAAGAAAAGGUCCCUUGCGUGAUUUGUUUGAUCAAAAAUGCAUAGUGACUAAUUACCCAGGCUCUGCAAAUAACUGGGCCAUGGGUCAUUAUACUUAUGGUAAUGAGUAUUAUGAAAGAUUAGAAGAUACCAUACGACUGUCAGUAGAAAAAUGUUCAAGGCUACAUGGUUUUCUACUUAUGCAUUCAGUUGGAGGUGGUACUGGUUCUGGCUUAGGAACAGCCAUUUUAAAAUUACUAGCUGAUAACUAUCCUGUGAUAGAUAGAUUAGUAUCUUGUAUAUAUCCAACAGUCAUGCAAGAUGUUGUAACAGCACCUUAUAAUGCAUUGUUAGCCACGCAAGAGCUUAUAGAAUAUGCAACAUGUGUGUUUCCUAUUGAAAACACAUCCCUGUUGGAUAUAUGCGAUGCACAGUUGAAAAAGAAAGAGAACAUAGAUCAGAUAAACUACAAUAUUUCGUGUAAGCCCUUCCAAGACAUGAACAGUAUCAUUGUAAAUAUGCUUCUUCAUUUAACUAGUGGGUCCAGAUUUCCUGGUAGCUUAAAUAUGGAUAUGAAUGAGAUAGCAACAAAUCUCGUAGCCUAUCCGAAAUUACAUUACAUAUUUAGCAGCGUUAGUCCGGCAACACUAACCGCUUCAACAAUGUGCACUCUGAAAGGAGCAAAACUACUGGAUGAAUUAUUUAGUAAUGCCUGGUCACGAAGCAAUCAGUUGAUCAAAGUAGAUCCGCUACAACUCGGUUCUAAGAUAUUGAGUGGUGCACAUAUUGCCAGAGGAAACUGUUUUAUAAGCGAUUUAAAACGAAACGUCGAAAGGUUUCAACGAAAAAUUACGUGCACGGAAUGGAGCAGAGAAGCUAUGAAAAUAGGUUUGUGCUCAGUACCUCCUGCUGGACAUUCAACCUCGUUGUUGUGCCUUUUAAACUCUACCUCGAUGCAUUUGUUAUUUAAAAAUGUAAUAAAACAAUUUGUUACAUUAUACAAAAGAAAGGCACACGUAUAUCACUACACGCAAGUACGUGGUUUCGAAGAAGCACAUUUUGUCGAUAGCCAAGAGAUCGUGUUAAACUUAAUUGCUCAAUAUACAGAAUUGCAGAAUCAGAUAGGACCGAAAAUCUCACGAUUACAAAUUAUUUAACCUCGCGAUUGUUAGUAAACUCUAAAUUAUACAAAUUUAUUUAUUAAUCCGAUAUAUACAUUAACAACUUAAACAAAACGGAAUAAAAAUAGUACAUCUAUCGGCAACAAUGAAUUAUUGCAUUAGCCAUUGAGAGACCCGCAAUUUGCAUAAAUAUAUGACUGGUUUGAAAAAUUUUGUUGGUUGCUUCGAAAAGUAUCUACGAACAUAGCAUUUCGAAAAGCUUUGCAAAGUCUCGUGGACCGAACUUCUUUGGGUAU